CCCUCCGAACAACUCGAUUUCCUUCUAAUAGAGGUCUAAGGUGGACUCCCACCUCGCUUCGUGAAGAGUGACCUCCUCUCCCCCUUGCUAAGAAAGUCGAUCUUGGCUCUAUUUGUGUCUUAUGUUCACCACCCUCAUUUCUCCGGAGAAAGGUGGGUUAGUUUAUGUCUUUUUUUAUUCCCGAAGCGGAGAGGUCCGGGACUUGUGGCUGCGCAGACCCAGCACCGAUAGGCAAAGACGGAGAGAAAUUAACCUCCCGCCGCUGCCCCCCAGCCAAGCGUGACAGCGCGCGGCCCGGUUGCGUGACUCGUGACGUCUCCAAGUCCUAUAGGUGCAGCGGCUGGUGAGAUAGUCGCUAUCGCCUGGUUGCCUCUUUAUUUUAUUGGGGUAUGCCUGGUAAUAAACAGUAAUAUUUAAUUUGUCCGAGACCACAAACCAACUUCGAGCUGGGAGGUAGGUGCUCUUCUUGACAGACAUUAGAAGAAGAUCCGGCCUAAAGAGGUCUCUUUGAGGGGUCCUUUUCAAAGUCUUCACCUGAACCUUCCUCUCCAUCGAGGCGCACCCGUGGCUUUUGCGCUAGAAAGAAGAGGUGGGAUAUUUGGAGAGCAGAACCUUGCCUGGGCACAGGGCCCCGGGCGCACCAUGGCCGACGCAGACGAGGGCUUUGGCCUGGCGCACACGCCUCUGGAGCCUGAUGCAAAAGACCUGCCCUGCGAUUCGAAACCCGAGAGCGCGCUCGGGGCCCCCAGCAAGUCCCCGUCGUCCCCACAGGCCGCCUUCACCCAGCAGGGCAUGGAGGGAAUCAAAGUGUUUCUCCAUGAAAGAGAACUGUGGCUGAAAUUCCAUGAAGUGGGCACGGAAAUGAUCAUAACCAAGGCUGGAAGGCGGAUGUUUCCCAGUUACAAAGUGAAGGUGACCGGCCUUAAUCCCAAAACGAAGUACAUUCUUCUCAUGGACAUUGUACCUGCCGACGAUCACAGAUACAAGUUCGCAGAUAAUAAAUGGUCUGUGACAGGCAAAGCUGAGCCUGCCAUGCCUGGCCGCCUGUACGUGCACCCGGACUCGCCUGCCACUGGGGCUCAUUGGAUGAGGCAGCUCGUCUCCUUCCAGAAACUCAAGCUUACCAACAACCACCUGGACCCAUUUGGGCACAUUAUUCUAAAUUCCAUGCACAAAUACCAGCCCAGAUUACACAUCGUGAAAGCGGAUGAAAAUAAUGGAUUUGGCUCAAAAAAUACAGCAUUCUGCACCCAUGUCUUUCCUGAGACGGCGUUUAUAGCAGUGACUUCCUACCAGAACCACAAGAUCACGCAAUUAAAGAUAGAGAAUAAUCCCUUUGCCAAAGGAUUUCGGGGCAGUGAUGACAUGGAGCUGCACAGAAUGUCAAGAAUGCAAAGUAAAGAAUAUCCUGUGGUCCCCAGGAGCACCGUGAGGCAAAAAGUGGCCUCCAACCACAGUCCUUUCAGCAGUGAGUCUCGAGCUCUCUCCACCUCAUCCAACCUGGGGUCCCAGUACCAGUGUGAGAAUGGUGUCUCCGGCCCCUCCCAGGACCUCCUGCCCCCACCCAACCCAUACCCACUGCCCCAGGAGCAUAGCCAGAUUUACCAUUGCACCAAGAGGAAAGAGGAAGAAUGUUCCACCACAGACCAUCCCUAUAAGAAGCCCUACAUGGAGACAUCACCCAGUGAAGAAGAUUCCUUCUACCGCUCCAGCUACCCGCAGCAGCAGGGCCUGGGUGGCUCCUACAGGACAGAGUCGGCACAGCGGCAGGCCUGCAUGUAUGCCAGCUCUGCGCCCCCCAGCGAGCCUGUGCCCAGCCUGGAGGACAUCAGCUGCAACACGUGGCCAAGCAUGCCUUCCUACAGCAGCUGCACCGUCACCACCGUGCAGCCCAUGGACAGGCUACCCUACCAGCACUUCUCUGCUCACUUCACCUCGGGGCCACUGGUCCCCCGGCUGGCUGGCAUGGCCAACCAUGGCUCCCCGCAGCUGGGAGAGGGAAUGUUCCAGCACCAGACCUCCGUGGCCCACCAGCCUGUGGUCAGGCAGUGUGGGCCUCAGACUGGCCUGCAGUCCCCCGGCACCCUUCAGCCCCCCGAGUUCCUCUACUCUCAUGGUGUGCCAAGGACUCUGUCCCCACAUCAGUACCACUCUGUGCACGGAGUUGGCAUGGUGCCAGAGUGGAGCGACAAUAGCUAAAGUGAGGCCUGCUUCACAACAGACAUUUCCUAGAGAGAGGAGAGAGAAAGAGAGGAGAAGGGGAAGGAGAGGGACAGUAGCCAAGAGAACCCCACGGACAAGAUUUUUCAUUUCACCCAAUGUUCACAUCUGCACUCAAGGUCGCUGGACGCUGAUCUAAUCAGUAGCUUGAAACCACAAUUUAAAAAAUGUGACUUUUUUGUUUUGUCUCAAAACUUAAA